AUGACUGUGAAAGAACAUAAGGUGGUUCAUGAAGCCCAUAAUGUGGAGGCUCGUCAGGCCCCUAAACAUUUUUAUGAUAGCCAACCUGGUGCUGGUUAUGUGACUGAUAUGGCCCAUUAUCGUCAGAUGUACGACCAGUCGAUCAAUGACCCUGAGACUUUCUUUGGUGAAAAGGGUAGAGAGUUCUUGGACUGGGACAGACCAUUUACUAAAGUUAAAUCUGGAUCUUUGGAAAAGGGAGAUGUUGCAUGGUUCUUGAAUGGUGAAUUGAAUGCUGCUUAUAACUGUGUUGAUAGACAUGCGUUUGCCAACCCAUCGAAACCAGCAUUGAUCUACGAAGCUGAUGAUGAGAAAGAUAACAGGGUUAUUACUUUCGGUGAAUUGUUGAGACAGGUUUCUGAGGUGGCAGGUGUCCUGAAGAGCUGGGGUGUUAAAAAGGGUGAUACCGUGGCAGUCUAUUUGCCAAUGAUUCCAGAAGCCGUUGUUGCUAUGUUGGCUGUAGCUCGUUUAGGUGCUAUUCACUCUGUUGUCUUUGCUGGUUUCUCUGCAGGUUCUUUGAAAGAUCGUGUGGUUGAUGCUGGCUCCAAGGUCGUUAUUACCUGUGAUGAAGGUAAGAGAGGAGGUAAGACUGUUCACACAAAGAAGAUUGUGGAUGAAGGUUUGAACGGUGUCGAUCAGGUCGCUAAGAUCUUGGUUUUCCAAAGAACUGGUACUGAAGGUAUUCCAAUGAGAGCUGGCAGAGAUCACUGGUGGCAUGAAGAAGCUGCAAAGCACAGAGGGUAUUUACCUCCAGUGCCUUGUAACGCUGAAGAUCCAUUGUUCUUGCUGUACACUUCCGGUUCUACUGGUUCUCCAAAAGGUGUGGUUCACACCACUGGUGGUUACUUGCUAGGCGCUGCUUUGACCACUAGAUACGUUUUCGAUAUUCACCCAGAAGACGUCCUAUUCACCGCUGGUGACGUUGGUUGGAUUACUGGUCACACUUACGCACUAUACGGUCCAUUAGUUCUAGGUACCGCUACGAUCAUUUUCGAGUCUACCCCAGCAUACCCAGAUUACGGUAGAUACUGGAGAAUCAUUGAACGUCACAGAGCUACCCAUUUCUAUGUUGCACCAACUGCCUUGAGACUGAUCAAGCGUGUUGGUGAAGCUGAGAUUGCCAAAUAUGACACUUCUUCUCUACGUGUCCUAGGUUCUGUUGGUGAACCAAUCGCUCCAGAACUAUGGGAAUGGUACCAUGAUAAGAUCGGUAACAAGAACUGUGUUAUUUGUGACACUAUGUGGCAAACCGAAUCCGGUUCCCACUUGAUUGCUCCUUUGGCCGGUGCUGUUCCAACUAAGCCAGGUUCCGCAACUGUUCCAUUUUUCGGUGUUGAUGCCUGUAUUAUCGACCCAGUUACUGGUAUCGAGAUUCAAGGUAACGACGUCGAAGGUGUUCUAGCAGUCAAAUCCUCGUGGCCAUCAAUGGCCAGAUCCGUCUGGGAAAACCACCACCGUUACAUCGACACUUAUUUGAAGCCAUACCCAGGUUACUAUUUCACAGGUGAUGGUGCAGGUAGAGAUCACGACGGUUACUACUGGAUCAGAGGUAGAGUCGAUGAUGUUGUCAACGUCUCUGGCCAUAGACUAUCCACCGCUGAAAUUGAAUCAUCUCUGGUUAACCACGAGAACGUUUCUGAAGCUGCCGUUGUCGGUAUUAGUGAUGAAUUGACCGGUCAAGCUGUCAUCGCUUUCGUAUCUCUAAAGGACGGCUACGUACAGGAAAACGUUGCUGACUGUGAUGCUGAUCACAUUACUCCUCAAAACAUUCGUCGUGAGUUGAUCUUACAAGUUAGAGGUGAAAUUGGUCCAUUCGCAGCUCCAAAGACAAUUAUCUUAGUCAGAGACCUACCAAAGACCAGAUCUGGUAAGAUUAUGAGAAGAGUCUUGAGAAAGAUUGCCUCCAAUGAGGCUGAACAACUAGGCGACAUGUCCACCUUGGCCAAUGCCAAUGUGGUUCCUGCCAUUAUCUCUGCUACAGAGAACCUAAUUUUUUGCUGA